AUGGGUAAACGUGUUGUUGUUGAAUCUCAAGAGCACCACCAUCAAAAUCAUGUUACACCAGUUACAACCGGAGCACGUAGUAUACGUAAACGUAAAUGUAAUUCAAAUGGCAAUGCUGGAGUUGUUGCCAUCGCCACCACCACAACUUGUAAUGAUAAGAUCAUCAAUAGCAGCAACAAAGCUCAACGUAUAAGCUCUUCAUCAGGCCAUGAAUGGCAUGAAAACGAUGACGAGGAUUCAUCAUCAAAUGAUGGUCCAUCGGAGUUAGCACAAACACCGCGUAAUAUCUCAAGUAAACAGGCCAAUAAUUCCUCGAUACUCCUAAAUAAUUCCCUUAAUAUAAGUAUUGCUCAUGAACCGAAUGCAUCACUGACGGAAUCUCCAAAACCGGUAUAUACCUUGAGGCCAUCGGUUGUAAAUGGCACCGUAUUAUAUGAUUUAAAUGAGAAACCAUGGCGUUUGGGUCGUCCUAUUGGCAAAGGCAAUUUUGGUGAAAUAUUUUUAGCAUCUGAUAACAUCAGUAUUCCGGUCACAAAUGAGAAUGCAAAAUUUGUUGUUAAAAUUGAGCCACACUCCAAUGGGCCUUUAUUUGUGGAAAUCCAUUGUCUGAUGAACACUGCCAAAAAGGAGAAAUCAAAUCCCAUUAUGUCAGAACCUCCUUCCGGUAUACCCGACUAUAUAGCAUCUGGUUCGCAUUUUUUCGGUAAUGCACGAUAUCGUUUUUUGGUUUUGCCACGUUUUGAUCGCGAUUUACAUUCGCUAAUUAAAAAGUGUCGUGUCCAUCAGAAAUCUGUGUUGACGCUGGCGAUACACAUAAUAAACGUCUUAGAAAAUUUGCAUGACAAGGGAUACUGCCACAAUGAUGUCAAGGCCCAAAAUCUGAUGAUAUCGAAAUGCAAAUAUUUGGCCCAAUCCUCCAGAAAGGCUGGCGUCGUGGCUGAGGCUUCAGGUUAUAGCACCACCACCGCCCCAACAAAUCAAAACAAUGGUGGUAGUAAACACAUGAAAUCUUCAUCGAAAUACGACGAUGAUCAUUACGAGGAGAAACAACAAACAACGGAUAGUGGUAAUAGUUCCGAACAAGAGGCCAACGAUGACGACGAUGAGGAUUUUGUUGUUAAACGUAAAGUUUAUAAUAAAGUAAUUGAUGGAAAUUACAAUGACGAUGAUGAUUAUGAGGAGGAGGACGACGACGAGGACGAAGACGAUGAUGAAGAUUUUGACGAUGGAGCCACCACCAACAGUACCAACAGCAAUAGCUUGGAUAACUAUCGCACUCCCGUCAAUAAGAAACGUGUGCAAAAACGUAAACCACCCUCACGCAAUGUUGUACAAUAUAGUGGCUCAAAUCCGGUGCGAUCAUGUCGCCGGGAAAAAAGUAAUCCCAUGUACGAUGAGAUGGUUUCCACACAUUAUCUGCGUCCUACAAAGCGUGUUAGCUAUUUGGAAUUUUUCAAUGAAGACAAUGCAAGCAGUACCAACAGUUUAGGUGAUGACAUUCAUAGCAUAUCAUCUGAUGAUGAAUCCGAAGAAUUCGUACCCCCAGGUAGUGUUAAAAAAUCCAUAGAUCGUAAUAGUACACGUCGCCUUACUCGAAGGCAGGAACAGGCCAACAAUAAAAAAAUUGCAGCCAUCAAAGCUAAGAAACACCACCACCACCAACAACAACAAGAACAGGAUAAAAAUAAGCCGAUUAAAACAGAAGCGCUGGAUACCGCCGAAGAGCCACAACGACGAGUUUUAGUUGAGGAGGAGCGUAUUUUCCUCAUCGACUAUGGCCUGGCCUCCAAGUUCAUGGACAAUGGUAUACAUCGUCCAUUUGUCAUGGACCAACGUAGAGCCCAUGACGGUACAUUAGAGUUUACAUCCCGCGAUGCUCAUAUGGGUGCCCAUUCCAGGCGCAGUGAUAUGGAAUGUUUGGGCUACAACCUGCUAUACUGGUCACAAGGCUACUUGCCGUGGAAAGAGGCGGCCACAAAUCAACAGCAAGAGAAAGUACAUCGGGCCAAGGAGUACCUAAUGACCGAUGUACGCGAAAUGUUGAGGCAAAUAUAUGGCAAACAGGUGCCCAAAUAUCUGGGCGAAUAUUUACAUUUAGUGGGCCAGCUUAAUUAUCACGAACGUCCCGAUUACAGUCGCUACAGGCGUCUUUUCGAACGGGAAUACGAACAGCUGGGCUAUUCUCUGGCCGAGAUGCAACUACAAAUGUCGGAAAUUCAACGUACCUGUGUACGCGUCAAAGAAGAAAUUGAAAACAAAAAUGACUUCUUUGACAUGAAUCGAGCAAAUGGGGGGGUAUUCAAUUUGGCCUAUAGUGUUAUGCAUUCAGCGGUUGGAGGUACACCCUUCCAUGAACGUACCCUCUCAAAUCGUGUUUCACCCAAAAACUUACGUUCCAAAUCUGAUAAAAAGGAGGCACCGAAUAAGAAAAAGUUCUCAUGGACCGAGAUACUGUCACAGGAUCCUGAUCUAAUAGCCCGUGAAAGGGCGGAACGUGAAUUCGAUCGUGAAGAGGAACUAAGUGAUGUUCAACAGGAUGUGAUAAGGCGUUAUGAAGGCAAGCCAACCUAUGCCAUACGUCAGGUUCUAAACAGAAUGGGUUGUGCCGUUGAUGAGUAUGAAAAGCAAAGGGAUGAAGAGCUGAUGGCGAGGCAUAAAAAGAAGGGUAAACAAAACAAGGAUGAGCAACAAAACGACAUUGAAAUGGAUGAAUGUGAUGGCGCUGAAAAUUGUGAACCCAUGGAUGUUGAUGAUGAAAGUGAAGAGGGCGAAACAGAUGCUACGGAAAAUUCAGAACAGCUACAAUCAACGAAUUCGCGGCGCCAGAAAGCCAGCGGCCGAGUACGCAGCAACACCACCAGUACUAAAAGAACAAAGGCAUCCCGAAAAUUAAUACUGAAAACGCCAAAUAGUUUGCAAUCGUCGGAAACGGCCUCAGACGCAACAAAAACGGGGAAAAGAACAACGCGUAAAAAAUAUGCCAGCAGCAGCAAGGUGAAAUUAAUGUCUCCAACAAAUUCUACACCCGUAUCAUCAAUAGCAGCCACAACGGAGACGACUACUUCAAAGACGUCCACCAAGUCAGCGGCAAAGUCAACAACUAAACGUGGCAGUGCCAUGACCAAAAGCAGUCGCAAAACUGCUCCAGCAGCUGCUUCUGCCGCUGGUGAGGUAGAACAACACGAACAAUCUUCGAAUACAAAGCGGGAACGUCGCACCAGGCGGUGUCUACUCAAGACUGAUCAAGAUGGUCUAUUAGAUGAUGAUUCGAAUUCCAAUUACACACCGGAGGGUUAUAUGUGGAAGGGGGGUGGUGGCAAUCACACAGAAAGUGUUUACACACGUAAUUGUCGAAAAUGA